CAGCAGAAUCGGUGGCCGCAUUAGCGAUGUACUGCCUGCACUUGUGUAUCCUUGUUACUGUCUAUAUCUACUCGACCGAGCAGGGUGUGGAAAUGGCGGAAGUUGCCGAUAUUUGCUUUGGUCUAGGCAAAGUAAAAUGGAAAAAGGAAGAGUGGCUUGCACUGUAUUCCUCUGCUAAGCAACGGAAGCUUGUUUGUUUUACUGUGGCAGGCGUCAUGAUUACCCGGGAGAGCGCUUUCCAGAUGGGUGCUGCUCUGAUCAGCACACUGUUUGUCUUCGCGGAACUGGCCAGUGGGAACAAAUGUCAGGAAGUCCCAGCAAAGCCUGUCAACUGCAACCAGACUCUAUGAUAGGCGCAGGACGGCCACUAAAAAAGUAUUGCACACGGUCGGCAAUGGAAAGUUAUGGCAAUCAGCACACUUAGUUCGUG